CGUGCAUCUCAUGGAGCAAACCAAAAUAAAGAAACUGAGAUUAAAAUAUAUAUACGUUCUCCAAAGCCCAUGUUUAUUGUGUGGGUGGAUGCAAUCCGGUCAACAGUACUCUGUCUUGCCCAAGGCCGACUCUUAUAUCUGAACAAUCUAAUAUACCAGCAGUUAGUACGCAUAGGCCUACUUCAGGUCUACAGUAUAAAUAGUUAAAAUGUUAAAAUCGGCAAGAUGGACGAAACAAACUCAGCUGUUUUUCCGAUCAAAAUCUUCAGCCCCAGUGACGAAGCUGGCAGCCGAUAUCUCCGAAGAAGUAUCGGCGUCCACCAAGUCGGCGACACCUUUUGAUAAAGUAAACCUGAAAUUCGACAGCCCAUUGGAGGCCUACAGAAGCAAAUCGUUUGUAGAUAUCUUGCGAGCUGUAUCUGUUUUUAAAUUAUGUCAGUUUGAUUUUCUUGUUAAUAACAACAAAGAGAUAUUGAAGUUGUCUAGACGAGUGCUAGGAAAGCGACUAUUUGACAAGGUAAUGCAAGCUACCUUCUAUGGUCACUUUGUUGCAGGGGCUGACCAGCCCUCUAUCCAGCCUAUGAUAAGUAAACUUGAGAAGUUUGGUGUUGGUGCUAUUCUAGACUAUGGAGUUGAGGAGGACAUACCUCACAGUGAGGCUGUGGAGGCUGAGAUGGGAUCUUGUGUCUCUGAAGAAGAAGUCAGUGAACCAGACACCCGCCACAAGAAAUUCAAAGCUUAUCGCCAGUUUGCCGACAGACGUAAGGAUGUUUCCAGUGCCAGGACUUACUUUUAUCAAGAUGAACAUAAAUGUGAUCAAAACCUGGCUACAUUGUUGCAAUGUGUAGACGCUGCUGGUGCAUCAUCUGAAAAUGGCUUCGCAGCAGUAAAACUAACUGCCUUAGGACGCCCUCAACUUUUGUUGAAUUUAUCCGAGGUGCUUACUAAAACUCGACAACUAUUUGUGCAAUUUGCUGGAACACUGGGAAAUCUGAAAGAUCGUAAGUUAACCAAAGAACAGUUUGAGGCACAGCUGGAAGCAAUGGGAAUUAUCACCCGCGAUAAUUCAGGUGACUGGUUCACCUGGAUGGAUUAUGACAUGGAUGGCAAGGUAGAUCUGUUGGAAUGGGAGGCAUUGUUACAACCAAACCAUAGACUUCAUAAAAUAUUCAAAAUUCCAAAUUUUCAGACUGGGAAAUUAGAACCAUUAUUGAUUUCAUUAUCAACUGAUGAAGAAACACAGAUGAAAUCUAUGCUGCGGCGAAUCAACAUGCUAGCUAAAAGAGCAGAUGAAAAGAAUGUACGUUUGAUGAUUGACGCUGAACAGUCUUACUUCCAGCCAGCCAUCAGCCGACUUACAAUGGAAUUGAUGAGAAAUUUUAACAAGAAAAGACCAGUUAUAUUUAACACCUACCAAUGUUAUCUUAAGGAAACCUUCAACAACUUAGCAGUUGACCUAGCAUUAGCAGAGAGGGAGGGUUUUCACUUUGGUGCUAAACUUGUCCGUGGCGCAUACAUGGAUCAAGAACGUGAACGAGCCAGAGAAAUAGGCUACGAGGAUCCAAUCAAUCCAAAUUAUGAGAGUACCAACACGAUGUACUUCCAAUGUCUGGAUUAUAUCUUGAAAAUGAUUAAAUCACAAGGCAACAUCAAUGUGAUGGUUGCAACCCAUAAUGAAGAUACAGUUAGGAGGGCGGUAGAAUUAAUGAAUGAGUUGGGAAUAGGUGCCAAUGACAAGCUUGUUUAUUUUGGCCAGCUGCUAGGCAUGUGUGAUCAAGUGUCAUUCCCCUUAGGUCAGGCAGGAUAUUCUGUGUACAAAUAUGUACCAUACGGACCAGUGGAAGAAGUCCUUCCGUACCUUUCACGAAGAGCGUUGGAAAACCGAGGACUGUUAAAGGGAGUGCAGAAGGAGCGCAAUAUGCUUUGGAUGGAAUUAAAACGCAGAAUAGGUCAACGUAGUUGAGACCCAAGUCCGAUUUUUUUUUUUUUUUUUCAAUUUACUGAAAUAAGCAAUGAAGUAUUUAGUUAUUAAAUUCAGAGUGAUGUGUGGGAGAUAGAUGGGUAGUAAGAGAUGUAAUAAUUAUUUAUAUAACAUAGCACUUAAAAUUGAUAUUUGAAUUUUAAAAAUACAGUAUAUGAUAAUCGCACAAAUUGCAAUGAAAUUCAACAUAAAAACAGAAAUGUUAUUUCUUACAGUAUUUUAAUUAAUUAAUAUGGCCAGUGGUAUUAGGCUAAUUAUACAGUAAACUUUUAAACAUUCUGAAUUUGUAGGAAUUGAGUUAGUUUUCUGGGAAAUUUUUGCUUGCUCGCUGGAAUGUGGCAGACCGUGCUGAUUUCUGAGAGAUCCGUACAACUUCUCGGAGACUUGCUAUUUAACUUGCCAUAUUUAUUUGAAUACUGUAAACGCCCAGGGCAUUUAUUGUUGAAAAGGGUUUUUGAGGGGAACUUAUUCGAGGGAGGCAUUUAUUUUUUUGUGUGCAAAAUGUAUAUGUAUGUAUGAAAAAUAGAUGCCCCUUAAUUUCACUGUAAAAGUGGGACUAAUCACAUAAUUACCCAACCAGGUUUGAGAAAUUGUAAUUCUGCUGGAGUACAAUAUUGAAAGAAUGUGUUGAGAAUGAUGUUGCUUCCAUUAGUUAUAUUAACAAUCAUUUAGGUGGUCGUUUAUUUGAUGAAAAAAUUAAUGCUCCAGGGAAUUUGUUCAAAAGAGGCUUUUAUUCCAAAUGAUGCUCUGAAGGGUAGUUUAUUUGUGUGUGUGUGGGGGGGGGGGCACACACGUGCGUUAUUAAAAGCGAAGCCAUUAUUCUCAUAAAUAUGGUAUGUAUGUAUGAUAGUAAUAGAAACAACUGAAAUUGUAGAUGUUUAAUGCACUCAUCUCAAAAUCUUCCAUGUCUUUCUAAAUUAAAUAUCAUUUUUAGUUUUGUUUAUGCUAAAAGUUUAAUGUGCACACUGCACCAAUGGCCGUCGGUCAACAUGAUUCCUCUGACAUGCAACAUGUAGACCCUCGCAAUGGAUCAUUUAUAAUGGUGACCGGCUCAACCCGACAAUCAGCUGACAACGUUACAUCGUAAAACACUCCCAGAGAGCAGAAAGGAUUCUUCGGGGCAGGUGCCUUGGACUUAAAAUGGUUUAUUGUUGCAUAUCUUUAGUAGAAAUAUAUUGAUAUUAAUGUGGCUUGGUAAAGAAGGAUGAAUACUGUAAUUAACUAUCUAUUAUUAUGAAUGAGACUGUGUACUUAACAUUCUUAACUUUGAUGCAAUAUCUAUAUUUAUAUGUUGGCAGUAUCCACCAACUGAACAAAACUUUGGCUAGCAACCAGAUUUUUGUAAAUUCUAAAUAAGUAUACACAAAAAAUAUGCAGAGUAUUCUCAAAGAGAUAUGUUUUUGUUUUUCUGUAUUAUAGAACAUAAUAUCAGAGAAGCAGUGAGAAAUGUAUACUCCUUUCUGAGUUUCACAACCUAUAAUUUUUUUGAGCAAUCAAAAAGCUAUAUUGGACUUACAAAUUGUAAUUCUUUAAACUUAUCAAUACCUACAAUUUUUGGUGAUACGGUUGUUAAAACUCUAGGGUGCAUGUUGUCAGUUAAAACAAAAUUCUUUUGUAAAUUAUACAAUUUGAAAAUUUCAAAGUUAAAACUAUGGUAGUAUAAGAACUCCAUGGUAGAACAUGGUCAAUUUUGAACUGCUGUAUCAGAUAAAAAAUAACUUGGUAUCAUUUCCAUUAUGUAUCUAACUACACUCCUGAAGGCAGCAUACAUGUGGCACAUGCAAUAUUUAUAGUGUAUUAUUAUUAUUAUUAUUAUUAUCGAUAUUCUUAUAUAUUUAAAAUAUAUUAUAUUUGUUUAUUAAUUAUUUUCUUAAACAUAUUUGACAAUAGGAUCUUAGUAAAGAUUAGCUCAUCUUAGUCUAUCUGGCAUCGUAAAAACUGCAAUAGAUCCAAGACAUUUGUGUAUUAGCCAGAUUCUCUUAAAACUGUAAACUAUGCAAUGAAUUGACUGCAGUGUAUAUUUAGUGGCCGCUAUAAAAUUGUGAACUAUGCAAUUGAAAUAAUCAAGCCCUAUAGCAGUAGAUCUAUAUGGAAAUAGACGUAUAUUCACCCAUGUGACCACCAUCCCCGUUUUUGCUGAUAUAAUUACACAGCAUUCCCUUGGGAGGCCCUCUAUGUAUUAUGUACCCGUAAAGUGUGAUAGUUUAUAUAUUUAGCUUUCUCCAGUUCUAUAUGACAGAUUUGUGUGAUGUGCCCAUAUUUGGUAUGAUGAUGAUGUAUCUCACCCAUUAAAAGUCAAAUCAAAGGUAUUUGUCAAAGAAUUUGAUAAAUGAUGACAGAGCAUUAAGCUAUGUGGACACUAUCAAUUUUAAUACUACAAAUUUGUGAGGUGCCCAUAUUUGGUAUCAUGAUGUCAUAUCUCGACCAUAUACUGUACGGUCAAAUCGCAGGUAUUUGUCGCAUAGCGCUUAAAUGAUGUGGAAAGAGCAUUAAAAUAUGUCCACACUAUCAAAUUUAAUAUGACAAACUUGUGUGAUAUGCCCAUAAUUGGGUAUGAUGAUGUCACAUCUCACCCAUAUAACGUCAAAUCACAUGUGUUUGUCACAUAAGUGAGAGAGCUUUAGAAUAGUGUUUUGAAUGUACUACACAAUUAACUGUGAAUCUAACCAAAGAGUAAUACGUUUUACAAUAUAUCUGUAGGCACAUAAGCUAAUAAUAUAUGUACGUUACUUUGUCAUAGACCAACCACCUUUUCGUGGGUUUGUGCCAUUAAUAGUUUGAGUGAUGAAAUAGACGAUGAGUUCGCAAAAGUAGGCUUUAUUGGGGGUUUUCAUUUUUUUGGCUUUAUUGCGGAUUUUCAUUUUUUUUGUUUUUUUUUUCAAGGAUAAAGGCUGGGGGAUUCGUCACUUGAGAACUUUGACUGAGAUGGAUAAAUGGUGCUUGUUUACGAAUACUGCAGCAAUGGGUGGCUUUCUAAAUAUCUCAGUUUCAGGGGCAGUUCCAGUGGUGCUGCAGGGGGGGGGGGUGGGUGGAUGAGGGAUGUUUAAUAGAUCCCCUUCUCAAAAAAUUAAAAAAAGAAAAGAAGAGAGCAAGACGGGAGAGGGGGGAUGGGUGGAUGAGGGAUGUUUAAUAGAUCCCCUUCUCAAAAAAUUUAAAAAAAAAAAAAAAAAGAAAAGAAGGGAGCAAGACGGGAGAGAAAAGGCAGUGGUAUUGAAAGUGUUGUGCGAUACCGGAUCAGCCCCUGGUUCUGACAAUAGUAUCAGUUUUUCAUUCCUUUGUUACCAUCCAAUCAGUGUUUUGUGUUUCACUUUGAUGUUGUAUGUAAAAUAACAGUAGUUUAUGAUUGUAUAUGUAUUAAUAUAUGAAAAAAUAUUGAUUUAGUAUGAUUUUAUUUCCACCCAUGUUGUUACAGACACCUUGGUAAUUCUUCUUGAGUGUGCACGUGUCAAUCGAGCACAUUAAAAUGAAAUAUUUUGUAAUAAACGAUUAGAACACAUUAGAAAAA